AUGUCCACAGAAAAGAAGGAAGUUAUCUACUUAGUAGCUCAGGCAACUGCGCACGAGGACAAGUACGGGUUUUGUCUGUCCUUCCUUCCUCUCACAAGAAAAACAAGCAAGGUGACAUAUUGA